CACCGCCGCCGCCCAGGCCUAGGCCGGAGCGCCUUUUCCUUCCCUCCCGCCGCCACCGCCGCGGCCCAGCCCCGCCUCUGCCAUGUCGGCCCAGGCCCAGAUGCGCGCCCUGCUGGAUCAGCUCAUGGGCACGGCCCGGGACGGUUCAGUGUAUCUUUGCCUGCCUACAUCAAUCUGCAAGGGAGUUGCAGAAAAGCCUCAUGUUCAUCGAGCCGAGAUGAAACCAGACAAAGAGUGAAGUUUACAGACGAUCGUGUUUGCAAGAGCCAUCUUCUGGAUUGCUGUCCUCAUGAUAUCCUGGCCGGAACACGGAUGGACCUGGGAGAAUGUACGAAGAUCCAUGAUUUGGCACUGCGUGCAGAUUAUGAGAUUGCAAGUAAAGAGAGAGACCUGUUUUUUGAACUCGAUGCGAUGGAUCACCUGGAAUCCUUCAUCGCAGAGUGUGAUAGGAGAACUGAACUGGCCAAGAAACGCCUCGCUGAGACACAGGAAGAGAUCAGUGCUGAAGUGUCUGCAAAGGCAGAGAAGGUACACGAGCUGAAUGAAGACAUUGGAAAACUCCUAGCUAAAGCAGAACAGCUGGGAGCUGAGGGAAACGUUGAUGAGUCUCAAAAGAUCCUGAUGGAGGUGGAGAAAGUCCGAGCAAAGAAGAAAGAAGCAGAGGAAGAAUACCGAAAUUCAAUGCCUGCAUCCAGUUUCCAGCAGCAGAAGCUGCGUGUGUGUGAAGUCUGUUCAGCAUAUCUGGGUCUCCAUGACAACGACCGGCGCCUUGCUGACCACUUCGGAGGCAAAUUACACUUGGGUUUCAUUCAGAUUCGUGAGAAACUGGAUCAGCUGAGGAAAACAGUGGCAGAAAAGCAAGAGAAGAGGAACCAGGAUCGUUUGAGACGGAGAGAGGAGAGAGAACGAGAGGAGCGAAUGGGCAGGCGGUCUGGAUCAAGAAAUAGAGAUCGUCGAAGAUCACGGUCUCGGGAUAGGAGGCGAAGACGCUCGAGAUCAGCUUCCCGUGAACGGCGGAAGUCUCGCUCCAGGUCCCGGGACCGACACAGACGCCACCGGAGCCGCUCCCGCAGCCACAGCAGAGGUCACCGACGGGGGUCCAGAGACAGGAGUUCAAAACACAAAUCUUCUAGAGAUCGAUCUUCAAGAGAAAAGUCACGAGACAGAAAAGAGAAGAGCUCUUCUGAGAGGCGGCAGGAGAGCACAAAUGGCAAAUCUCGUUCCAAGAGAUCAGAAGAGAGAGAAGCUGGCGAAAUCUGAACUCAACUGAUUGGUGUUGCACUGUAAAUAGUCUGAUAAACAUUCUACACAAAGCCUAAACUUCCCAUUUAUAUUUACUGAAUACAACUCAUCUUUUGUAGUUUGGGAUUUUUAUUGUUUGGCAGAUAGCUGUGAGUUUGUAGAGACACAGAGUUACGUACUGUUUAACAGGAUUUUGUUUGAGUAGGAAUAAAUAAAUCUGGAUGGAUGGUUUCCAAUUCA